AUGCCAACACCGCUGCCGCGCCAUUCCCAAGACCAAUCCAAGACCAAUCCAGCCAUGGCCGACAAUUCGGAUGUUGAGCGGCUGACUCCGCUAGAUUUGCUUAUGCCAAGGGCGUAUAUUCCCAUGCUCAUGGCAUUCCGGACAACAGAAUCCAUCGCAUCGGUCUCGCCACGACUUCAGCGAGGUCUGGACCGCCUUACAGAACAAGUUCCAUGGUUGGCAGGUCGGGUACAUCCAACCACCCGGGCCCGAGGGGAUAUGGAGGCGCCGACGCUCGAGAUCCGAAGAGACAUAAACGAGCCUGCACCCACCUUGGUCGACCGAGGCUCGAUAGAAGCGUCGUAUGAGGCGUUGGCUGCGAAAGGCAUGCCGCCUGAGUCUUUCCCUGCCGAUGUCUGGCCGGUGCCGAUAAUGAUAGACGAUGCUCUCUUUACGAGAGGAGCGCCUGUUUUUGCCGCAAGCAUCUUUCGGUUCGCCGACAAUCAAGGAAUAGGACUCUGCGUCGCUAUGCACCAUAACGCGAUGGAUGGCACCGGAUACGCGGAAGUCAUCAGGCUAUGGAUUCGAAGUAUGACGGGAUCCGCAUUGCCUUCCCCUGGUAUAUUUCGAAACAGGCUUGAUCGGCUUUCGAACUCACUCUCUUCUCAGCUUUCUGCAGUCGUGGCCAAGCCCCUGGAUAGUCUAUUUGCAUCACAUCCAGAAUACUCUAGAGCAUCUCCAGCGCCGGCAACGGACCUUCCGCCAUGCACAUUCAGAAUGUUCACGAUUCCAACCACGCGGGUCAAUGCCAUAAAGCAGCAGCUGAGUAGCUAUAUGCCGCGUGCGCCCACGACAAACACUGUAUUCUUUGCCGUCCUAUGGUCCGCGGUUACUCGCGUCCGAAUGCAACGCAAUCCUGCUUUGGCCACCGAGACGAGUAAAAUGGCCAUACCCGUCAACGGUCGUCGACGCAUCGGCGCCGAAUUCUCAACCCCAGACAAUCCGUAUCUCGGAAACGUUGUCCUCUAUGCUCUACCAGAGCUUUUGGGCCAAGGCUUAAGUACAUCUUCUGCGCCAGAGGCGCUCGCCAAAAUCUGUCACGCUAUUGAUCAAAGCCAUUCGCCCAAAAUCGACUUACACCACAUUGCCGAGGUCUACAGCCUGGUGGACCGCAGUGAAGACUAUAGGGCUAUCGGUGUUAGCUGGGACUUGCUCAGUGGGCGCCAUCUGGCCAUUCUCAGUUGGGCCGAUUUCGGUUUGCACGGCAUGGACUUUGGAAUGGGGCUCGGGUUGCCCGACUUUAUUAGAGUACCCUGUGGAGGAGGCGCGGCGGAUGGUCUUUGUCUCUUACUACCUAGGAGAGUACCUGUCGCGGCCGACGCGUCGGAGGAAGUGCUCGAACUUCUCAUAGUGCUUCGCAGGGAAGACAUGCAUGCUCUGGAGCAAGACGGCAUAUGGCAAAGCUUUGCCAACUAG